CAGGUGAAUGAGGACCCGGAGAGUGAGUGAUUUAGGAGGCUAAAGUGCUAUUUACAGACGAGAAAUGUUGCUGAAUCCAGUAAUUUCAAAGUUGGCAGGGAAGAGGGUAGUACUGGCCAGUGCAUCUCCACGUCGACAAGAUAUACUUUCCAAUGUGGGUCUUCGCUUUGAAGUGGUUCCAUCAUGGUUCAAGGAAACUCUUGAUAAGUCUUUGUUUUCUGCUCCACAAGAAUAUGCUGUUGAAACUGCUAAGCAGAAGGCACUGGAAGUUGCAAGAAGAAUGCAUAUGAAGCACCUUAAAACCCCAGAUAUUGUCAUUGGAGCAGAUACUAUUGUGACACUAGAAGAUGCGAUCCUUGAAAAGCCUCUUGACAAACAAGACGCGUAUAAUAUGUUAUCAAGGUUGAGUGGCAAAGAACACAGUGUCUUUACAGGUGUAGCAAUUGUUCACUGCAAAAGUCAAGAAGGGGUAAAGAUGCUGCUCCAAGCUCCCACUAUGCCUCGUCAGGUGAUGGACAAAGCAGGUGGCUAUGGGAUUCAGUCUCUCGGGGGAAUGUUAGUAGAAAGUGUACACGGAGACUUUCUAAAUGUAGUUGGUUUUCCCCUGAACCACUUCUGCAAAAAGCUUGCAGAGAUCUACUAUCCACCUUCCAAACAAUCCAUUCAUAGGAUAAAACAUGACUCCAUUCCAUAUGUAGAGAGCUUUGAGAACCUCAGUGAUGUGGAGAAAGACUGCUUCUCUCCCAGUAAGACCGACAAGAAGAAAGCACAGAGGGAUUGCGACAGUAAUCCUUGUAGUUCUGGACCCUCUUUGAAACAUAUAACAGUUAUUCAAAAUGGAGUUGAAGAAAAGCCUAAAAGCAGUGUUCAGCUGCCCUCAAAAAUUAUUGAACUUCUGGAUGGCUUUAAAGCAUCAAAGACAUUGUUUGCAGCAUCUAAACUGAAGGUCUUUGAUAAGUUGAAAGAUAAAGGUGCGCUGAAGGCCAUGGAUAUUGCGGAUAAGAUUAAUGCUUCUGUACGUGGAACUGAAAGGCUUCUUGAUGCCUGUGUUGCCCUUGGCCUGCUAGAGAAAACUCAUCAAGUAUAUAGUAAUACGGAGUUAGCCAAUACAUUCCUGGUGUCUGAUGCUGAAUUUUCAAUUCAUAAUCUUAUCAUUCACUCUAAUGACCAACUGUGCUUCUAUUUUACCCACCUGGAAUCUGCAGUGGUAGAAGGAACAAACCAUCACCAUAAAACCUGUGAACGAACAGCUGGAAAUGUUCAUGGACCUGAAGUCAAGGAACGUUGUUUGGCGGCCAUGCAUUGCAUGCUUAAAAUAACAGCAAGCGAUAUAGUAACAGCUUUUGACCUUUCCAAGUACAUUACUGCAUGUGAUUUAGGAGGUUGCACUGGUGCCCUUGCUCACGAACUGACUUGGAUGUACCCAGAGAUGAAAGUCAAUGUUUUUGACCUUCCUGAAGUUAUUAAAAACAUUACCCAAUUCCAACCUGAAAAAUCAGACGCCAGUCGUAUAAUAUUUACUUCAGGUAACUUUCUAGAUGAUGAUCUUCCAAAGGCCGAUCUGUACAUCUUAUCAAGAGUCUUACAUGAUUUACCUGAGGAUAAAUUACACCAUCUUUUGGGGAAGGUAUCAGAAGCUUGUAAGCCAGGCACCAGUGCUCUGCUUAUUGCUGAAAUUGUCUUAGAUGAAGAAAAGAGGGAGCCUAGAGCACUAUUACAGUCUUUGAGCAUGAGUGAAGGAAAUCAGAGAAGUGGCACAGAAUAUAAAAAACUUUUAGAAAGUCAUGGAUUUAAUAGUGUAAAAAUUAAAAAUACUGGCAACCUGUUGGAUGCAAUUCUAGCUGUAAAAAGAUAGUUUUUUUGAAGUUCACACGAAAGGAUGAUUAUGC